AGAUAUAAGGGGUCAAAAGGGAAAGUGAUUGAGGAAAAUUUUGGAGGAAGGUCAUCUCAAUUUCAUGGAUUUAGAGUUGAAAUUUUAAUAGGGUUAAAGAAGAGAAUUUAUUAAAUGGUUGAUGAGAAACUUUUGAUUUGACUCAUCCACUUAAUUAGAGGGGUUAAAGGUAGAAGUUUUUAGUUGAAAAAGAAGAAAGGAGGGAUAUUUUUGUUUAUGGGUUUCUAUUUUUUUGAAGUACUAAACCGAGAGGGGAAAUUGGGAAAAUGCAGGACAGUGUGGAUUUGUGAGGCCAAGCAAGGAUUUCGAUUCCAAUAGAAUCUCGUGAUACGGCUGGAGGAGCACAUUCUCGGACAAGCCCAAUUUCAUCUUCCUCGAAAUCAAUCCCUUCUCGGGUUUCUCCAUCUCCACUGCAUUGUGCGGAAAAGAUUAAUUUCGAAGCCCCUCAGUAGAAGAUUCCAAGAUGUCUUCAAAGCCUUUUACUGUAGAUUUAAACAAGCCUCUUGUUUUUCAGGUUGGCCAUCUUGGAGAAGCUUACAAUGAAUGGGUUCACCAGCCUAUAAUUAGCAAGGACGGCCCUCGAUUCUUCGGAAAUGAUUUUCUGGAGAUGUUGACCCGAACAGUAUGGUGGGUAAUUCCACUUGUUUGGCUGCCAGUGAUUUCCUGGUUGGUUUCUGUGUCUUUGUCGAGGGGCCUUACUCCCUCUGAUGCAGCUUCAUGUUUGGCUGGUGGGAUUUUCAUCUGGACCUUGCUUGAGUACACAUUGCACCGCUUUCUUUUCCACAUGGAAACAAGAAGCUACUGGGCAAACACUCUGCACUAUGUACUUCAUGGUUGUCAUCACAAGCAUCCGAUGGAUGGACUCAGACUCGUCUUCCCACCUGCUGCAACAACUAUCUUGAGUGUGCCGUUGUGGAUCGUGAUUAGACUUACAUCGACUCCGGCUGUAGCUCCUGCUUUGUUUGGAGGUGGGUUGCUGGGAUAUGUAAUGUACGACGUAACUCAUUAUUACCUGCAUCAUGGAAAGCCAUCCCCAGGGUUAUCUCAAAAUUUGAAGAGAUAUCACUUGAACCAUCACUUCAGAGAUCAAAGUGAGGGAUUUGGAAUCACUUCUCCAUUAUGGGACAGAGCAUUUGGAACUUAUCCUACAACUAAAUCCACUCAGAAAAACAAAUAAUGAUGUUGGUUGCACAGAUAUUUAAGUCAUCACCAGAUUUAUGUAUUGAGUUUUGUUCUUCCUUUCUUUCUUUCUUUUUGUACAUUGAGCAUCAAAUUCAUGCUUCGACAACCAUUAUAUAUCUUUCUUUGGGGGUGAUAGCAUAUGCCUUGUUUGAAUAUUGUAUUGUUCUCCCUUCCCUCUGGUUAUCUGAUGUAGUAAGUUAUUUUCAUGUAUAUUAGCCAUGGAGCUACACUUUGAAUGAGGAUUUCGUGUUUUUCAGUUUGCACA